AUGAAAUUCUGGAGGGUCAAGCAGGCGAUAUCCUCGAGCUCCUGUAGAUCUCUUUCAAUACUGUGCCGGGGCGAGAGAAUUAGUCGCGACGAGCUCUACAAAUAUACGAAUGGACGCUUCUUAGCCAGGGAGAAGGGUUUAUGCGACCAGAGAUAA